UCGCGCGGUAUUGAAGCGUGUUAGGUUGUUGCUUUGUGUAUUGUUUAUGUCAUUGGUUUGAUUCUCCUUUAGAAAAUAAUUAUGAUAAACCUUCUUGAAGAGCCAUGGUACCGACUAUUGUGCAAGAGAAGAGAUUUGAAUCUGCAGUACACGUUAGGUGGCGGACAAUCUUUCAGGUGGAAGAAGAUUAACGAAAAUGAAUGGUGGGGAAUCUUCUGCAGCAGAUUUUGGAUGUUAAAACAAACAGAUAACUUCAUACUAUACAAAGUUGCUAAACAAGUCACACCUUCUAAGAAGUGUUCUGUUUUGCUUAGUGAGCUGCAUGAAGAUUUGUCUCUAAAAAAAUUCCUUGCUAAUUUAAGUACAAACUCAGUGACUCUUAGUGAAGAAGAAAAGAAACUUCAAAUAUGUGAUACAGCAGAUGAACUGAAUGGAAUGCUGCUCUGUAAAUACCUUAGACUGGACACUAAUUUAGAAGAGUGCUAUAACCGUUGGGGUCAACGUGAUCCUGUAUUUCAGAAAGCAGCUAGCAAAUGUCAUGGUGUAAGACUUCUGUGUCAGGAACCACUAGAGACAAUACUGACAUUCAUUUGUUCAUCAAACAAUCACAUUAAAAGAAUUACCUCCAUGAUAGAGAAAUUGUGUUCAUUGUAUGGGGAGGAAAUUGGGGUUAUUGAUGGUGUGAAGUAUUUUGAUUUUCCUGAUGUAGAGCAGCUUGUGGCACCUUCUGUCCAUGGUACACUGGCAAAAGCAGGAUUUGGGUAUAGAGCUGGCUUUAUUCACAAAUCAGCAUGUAUGAUCCAAGAGUUGGGUGGAUACGAGUGGAUAAAUAAGCUUAAGCUGCUGCCAUAUGAAGCAGCGAGGAAAGAACUUGUAAGACUGCCAGGUGUUGGCUUCAAGGUAGCAGAUUGUAUAUGCCUUAUGUCAUUGGGCCACUUAAAUGCAGUACCAGUGGAUACACACAUACAUCAGGUUGCAAAACAGCAUUAUAUGAAAAGUCUGCGAAAUGCAAAAACGCUCUCUAAUACUUUGUAUUUGGACAUUAUGAAAUUCUUUCAGGACAUUCAUGGCCCAGAUGCUGGAUGGGCACAGACGGUAUUGUUUUGUGCUGAUUUAAAGAAUAUUGGAAAUGAGCAAACUCCUGAAGAAAAUGGUACAGGAGAAACAAAAACAAAAAAGAAACGGACUAAAUAAAUGAAAGUGGAAAACUAUUGAGUGCUGUCCCCAGGUCAAAUAACAGAAAGAAGCUGAUAAAAAAAAACUGUAAAGAUGUAGCAGGUUACACCUUCUGAGUUUAACGAUAGUGGUGGGCGAAAGAAUGUUAGAAACUUUUACAGUAUGCUCUUGAAGGGAACAUAUUAAUAUUUUAAAGUGAAUGACUAUUUGGUUAUAUGUAAAGAGCUUAUUUCAAUAGUGGUACAAGUCAAUUUUUGUUCAUUCUGAGAUACAGAGUCCUAAAGUUAAAUCAGCACUAAAAAAUCUGCAGUUGAGA